AUGGUGUCAGCCGCCCUUGACCGCGCCAUUCGCCGCGCCCUGGCCCUCGAGCGCACGCUGCAGCGCAAGCCAGAUGCAGCAGCCACGCUGUGCGCGGUGAACGCUGCCAUUGAAGACAUCCAGGCGGCCGCACUCGAGGACUCCUCCAGCCUGCUGCCGGAGCCGCUGGUCAAGGGACUCAUGCAUCUGCUCACAAGCGGCACGGCGGCGCAGGCGGCAUUUGCCGCCACCACGCUCUGGUGGACGAUCCCGGCAGGGUCUGAGCCCUUGAUAAACGACUCAAGGCUGCAGCAGCUCGCCACCUGGCCGGGACUGACCGAAGCCCUGGUGGCCGCCGCGCGGCGCCACCCCGGCCCUGUCGCCAUUGAUGGCCUCUUGCCGCUGGAGGUCCUCGCCCCAUGCCUCUUGAACCACUUCUGCAACACGGCGGCCGGGCGGCGCGCCGUCCUGUCCGUCGGCGGCGCGGGCGACGGGGGCGACGCCGUGGGGCUGCUGCUCGACCUAAUGGGGCGCGCGUCGUGGCGCGCCAACCUGCACGGUGACAGAGUCAUGAUCCUCCACACCCUCAACCGGCUCGCCAUGGACAGUCCUGCGGCGUGCGCCCGCAUGAGCCGCGACGAGGCCGCCGUCGAGGCGGCCGCGUCGGGGCUCAGUGCAGCUGUCGCAGCCGAAAGCUUCCCGCACGAGGCCAUCUUGUUGAUGGGAUUUGUGGCGGGGUGCUUUGAGCCUGAUGGGGCGGACGAGCCCGCGGCAAGCCCGGCGAUGGCGGCAGCAGGGCCGGCGGCCGCUGCCGCGGCAGGGGCCGCAGCGCAGCCAUUGCGGGCCGCCAUGGAUGCCCUCCCGAGCUUUGUGGCGGGCGCAGUGAAGCUGCUGGCCGACCCGGUUGAUGCGGCUGAAGCGGUGACGUUUGGAGUCCAUUACCUGUCCCGCCUGACGACGUGCUCUGCGGUCAAGGAGCGCGCAGCAGACCUGCUGGUGAAAUCCGGCGGCGUGCAGCAGCUGUGCCGCUUCCUGCUGUCAACAACCGUUGAGGACGGGUGCUUGGCUGUUGAACGGCUGCAAGCAGUGGUGGUCUUGCACAACCUGGCAUCCACGCGGGCGCAACCCCAGGCGGCGCUGACCGCCACGCCAGCCCUUCUGGCCGCCAUCGGGCGCCCGGGGGUCGCAGGGACCAACUUUGGGCGCGAGGCCGUCGCAGCACUCGGUUGCCUCUGCACCCUCGGCAGUGAGAGCCGUGCAGUGCUCACGCGGCUGCUUGCGGGCUCCGCAGCUGCGCAGAGGGGCCUCUCGGAGCACCUGCGCGUUGACGAUGACAGCGAGGCGGAGAUCGCUGCCAGCUGUCACUGCGGAGCGAAUGAGCGUCACUUUCCCAUCAGGUUCACCUCCACCGUCCGCGCCGCCGGCCUCAUUAGAGAUCUGCUGCUGGACCCCUCGAUUGAUAUCGAGCACGCGCGCGCCAUCUCCGCCGCGGUGCUGCCCGCGGCCGCGGCAGCCACUCAUCGCUUCCUUGAUGCGCUGCUGGCCGCCGCCGCCGGCCACCCCCGCGGCAUCCGUGCCACGGCAUGGCCGCCCCAGCUUGCCGAUGCUGUGGAGGCGGCGUGCAUUCACUUCGGCGACCCUGACGCAGCUGCUGCUUUGAUGUUGGACGCCGCGCCAGGGCUUGGGCUGGCUCUGGGGCGGCUCAUUGUAGCCCUCGAGUCGAAACCGGCUGAGUGGUGGGCUUCUUAUGGAGACCGUGAGGUUUCAGCGCGCCGCGUGCUGGGCAGCCCAACGGCGGUUGUGGGGCGGAUCUUCGCGCUGCUGCAGGAGGAUGAGCGGGGGAGGCGGCGGCGACAUCAUCAUCAGCAGCAGGAGCGGCAGCAGGAGCGGCAGCAGGAGCGGCAGCAGGAGCGGCAGCAGGAGCGGCAACAGGAGCGGCAGCAGGAGCGGCAGCAGGAGCGGCAGCAGGAGCGGCAGCAGGAGCGGCAGCAGGAGCGGCAGCAGGAGCAGCAGCAGCAGCAAGAGCAGCAGCAGGAGCGGCAGCAGGAGCAGCAGCGACAGGAGCAGCAGCAGCAGCAGCAAGAGCAGCAGCAGCAGCAGGCACAGCAGCAGGAGCAGCAGCAGAGGGAGCAGCAGAGAGAGCAGGAGCGGGUGCUGCAGCCGCUGUUGCCAACCGCCACCCCACCAGCCCCCGCUGCAUGCGCCGGCUGCGGCGCGGUCGAGGCGGCUGACAGCAGCGGCGUGCGGCUGCGGCUGUGCCGUGGCUGCCGGCAGGUGCGCUACUGCGGCGAGGAGUGCAUGAGGCGGCACUGGGCCAGCCACCGCCCUGCCUGCAAAGCGGCUCAGGCGCCGAAUGCCUCAUCACCGCAUGGCACAGGGGUCCAGGCUAUCUAG